CAACUGACUUGACAGGAGAUGAUUUCUUUUGUUCAAGGGCAUAAUAUUUUCACAUAUUAUCAAGGCAAUUGAAUGGCCAUCAUCUUUCUUCUGAUUCCACACUGAAUGGGUUGAAUCCUCUUCCCAUAGAGAAUGCAAAUACAGCAUCAGAGACCUUGACUUAAGCUGAGAAGAGUUUGAGUGUAAUUGUGAUGAAUAUGGAGAGCGAGCAGGUCAUGUUGAUGUUUUGUGUAUUUUCUAUUGAAUGUCCAUUUUCUGUCUCCUCAUUCCAUACUGAAUGGUCUCAUUUCUGACAGAGUUUGACUUUUGAGUUUGAGUGUAUUUGAGCUUGAGUGGUGAUGUUUCAAGUAUUUAUUUUCCAUUAAAUGUCCAUCUUGUGCCUUCCUGUUCCAUAGGCCUACUGAAUGGCCACAUUUUUUGAGAGUUUGAGUUUGAGUUUGAGUGACAAUUGCUACUUUUACAUGAGACAUUUAAUUCAGAAUGAACUCACUUUCAUUCUGAAUAAAGCUUAAUUCCACUAUGAAAACAUCAUGUAAACACCUCAGAAUUAAAUGACUAAUUUGGAACUUCAAAGUUCAAGUUGGUUUUUAUUGUCAAUUUCUUUACAUGCACUGGUCAUACAAAGAAUUUGAAAUUACAUUUUCGGAAUUUGGAAUUAAAUGAAAGAUCAUAGUAAACUUGACUGAGCUAUUUAAUUCUGAAUGAUUAAUUCUGAAUUAAAAACAUCAUGUAAACAUGGUGAAUGUUUUUAAUGAAUUGUCCAUUAAAUGUCCAUCUUCUGUAUUCCUAUUCCACGAUGAAUGGCCACAUUUUGUGAGAGUUUGAGUGCAUUUGAGUUUGAGUGGUGAUGUUUCAUUAACUUACAGUAUUUUCCAUUGAAUGUCCAUCAUCUGCCUUCCUAUUCCACUAUGAAUGACCACAUUUCCAAGAGUUCUCAGAGAGUGGAGUUUAGACGAGUGUAGCCUAGUUGAGUUUGAGUGUAUUGGAGGUUGUGGUAAUGUUUCCCAUUGAAUGUCCAUCUUCUGUCUUCCUAUUCCACCACAUUAUGAGAGUUCUUCUCCGUGACAUGAGAUUAGUUGAGUUUGAGUGUAGAUGAGUUUGAGUGUAUUGGACAGGAGGUUGGGGUAUAAUCUCUGAGAGCAGCCUCUCCAACCAGUGACAGAUAAGGAGUUGUGACGCAGGCCUCAUGACGUUCCUGCCCACCGAUGACGGCCACGACACUGGCCAUGUACGCACAUGGAUGACAUGCCUGGCUGCCAGAUCUGUCAUCUAAUAUUAAUCUGUGAGGCAUGGUGUGUUUUUGUUUGUGAAAUUUUGUCCAUGCAGUUUUCUGAACCAGGGCUUUUCUUGAACCUUCAUGAACUUGUUGAGAUGCUCUUUUGCUACAGUUGGUUUCUUUCAGCGAUUCCAGUUUCACUGUCUGUCGACCGGUCAGUCAUCUUGUUCAAUAUAUAGUCAGAGUGUGGCACUGAAGAGGGCACGGUCUCGUGUGACGGCACGGGUUCGACGGCAGAGAGAGAGGCAGCUCUUCAAGGAGUUGACUGACCUGCUCCCCUUACCGCACCGUCGCACUGGGCCUCACCUGAACAAGGCCUCCAUCAUCAGGCUCACGGUGGGCUACCUCCACGUCAGAGCCCUGCUGGACUCAACUUGCCUAAAGAAAACAGAAACCACAACGAAGUCUUUGGAUGCAGAGAGACCUUCAUUUGGAUCCAUUUAUCCCCCAGCCAUGACAGCCACUGCAGCUGGUUGUGUUGAGGAAGGACUUCUAGACCUAGGCCUAGGGAGAUUUCUUCUGGCCAUUUUCUUUAAUGGACAAGUAAUUUUCACUACAGAGAACGUCAACAAGUACAUAGGCAUAAACCAGAUGGACUUGAUUGGCCGUAGCCUGUUUGACAUCAUGCACCCAUAUGACCAGAAGGAAGUCAAACAAGUUCUCACAAAUUUGGCAGGGAAUGCUGGUCCUCAGAAGUGCAGAAUUUUCUGGAGAACAAGGACCUCACCGAAUCUGAGGCCCAUGAGGGUGCUGCACUGCUCUGGAGUCAAGAGUCCUCUGGUCUCCCUGGCCACCCACUGCCUGCUGUUGCUAUGCCGACCCCUGCCGGUCCACGCCGGUGAGGGCAUUCCAUCCGGCCUUAGCCAGCGAAGCUUCCUUAGCAUCCACAGCCCCGAUCUGACAUUCACCUACUGUGACUCCAGCGUCUGGGAGUUGACUGGUUUCCAAGAUGAUGAACUGUUUGGACAGUCUGUCUACAAGUACUACCAUGCAUCAGACUACCUGAAACUCGUCCAAGCACAUUUCUGCUUGCUGUCAAAGGGACAGAUGACAACUGGGAAGUAUCGCUUUCUCGUAAAGCACGGGGGGUACGCCUGGGCAGAAACAGAGGCAUCUGUGGUGUAUGACGCUCACACCAGACAGCCACAGAAAAUCAUCUGCAUCAAUUACCUCUUAAGUGAUGUGGAGCAGGCGGACGUGGUGUUCUCUCAGGAGCAGCUGGAUGAUUCCCUCGGGCCGUGUGGACUUUGCCCUGAGACGGUUCCCUCUCCUCCUCCUCCUCCUCCUCCUCCUCCGCAGCUCACAGACAGAGCUGCUGGCCACAACACACAAACCCAAGCCAGCGCAUUGCCUCUGCUCUGCAACACCUCAGGCCACAACUGGGGCCCUGGAAGCUCUGCAACAUUACACAGACAUAUCUGCGAGAAAACAUCCAUUUCAUAUGACAUGUGGGACGGAGAUGGAGAUCUGGAUGCUCUGGCCCCUUACAUUGCCAUGGACGAGGAGGAUGCUGUCCUGCUGCCCAGGGUGAGCUACUCGAGGAGGGAAAGGCAGCAGUCGAGUCAGGCCCGCAGCCUUUCUGGGAAUAUCCUGGACGCUCACCACGAGCGCGGAGGGAAACCGCAGCAUGCGUCAGAAUGUGUUUUGUGUUCCGCUGACCCUAUGGCGAUAGACCGCAUGUGCCAGACGCAACCUCAGCCCAACCACACCUCCCGGACACAGACGCACAGGCUCGCACAAAGUGGCCACGCUCCCAAACAAAGAACCAGUGGAGAUCCGUGGCUUGCCUGGAGCGCUCUGAGGGCCAUUGUUGAGCAGGACUACAGCACACCACAGACGCACACCCCACUUUACCCCCAGCCUGACCAGACAGUGAAGAAGACUCCAAUGCAGUCCUCAUGGCACACUCCCAUUCCUAGGAACAGACAAGCACCAGUGUCACACCAGCAUCCUUACCCCACUUGGCAAAGAGACAAAGGGAUUUGGGUUGGCAAUCAAGACUCGUCAUUUUUGCCAUCGUCACUUCAGUGGACGGGCCAACCACAUCCUGGACACACCAAGGGUCAGCUGCAGAACCCUGGCAGGCCCAGGAGCGGUGACAAGGGACAUGGGGACUCUGUGGGCAUGUUUCCAGCGUCUCUGCCUGUACUGAGCCACAGGGAAUGUGAAGUCAACGCUCCCCUCGGCCCUACCUGUUACCUGCUCAAAGGAGCAGAGAUCACCUCUGUGUUGGACCAGGCUGCUACUAGGAUCUCUGUGGGAUUGUGAAAAGGCUGGACUGGGAUCAAAACAAGGCCUGUGCAUUUUUGUGUGUCCACCCAAUUGUGGGCCCGUAUCUUGAAAAAUGCAACAACAAAAAACCCUAUUGCAUCGGCCCCUAAGGACUGUGUCGGCCCACAGGGAAAUGCCUUUGUUUGCCUGAUUACUAGCCCAGGCUAGGACUGUGAUAUUCAGAGGGGUGCUGCAGUUUUAAAAGACAGUAU